AGCUGAUUGAUGUCAAUUAGCAGACCAUUGUUGGUUCUCCUUCUCGGUGUGACGUGCGUGGAAAUUCUUGAUCCAAAUGAACACGAAAAAAUUGAUCCGUCUGGGUUCGCCACCAAAACGGCAUAUCGCUACUGUGGUCUUUCUUCGUUCGAUGAUGGGACGCUUAAGAGACUCGACUCUUGCACGCUGGUUCACAUCAACGCAAUAUAUAGACAUGGGACUCGUGCUCCUUCGUCAAAGGAUGUGCAUAGAAUUAUUGAACUCCGUGACCGGCUAAUCUCCAGUCAAGAUGCAAUGUUACCUUCUGGUUUCCAGGACUAUCUGGUUCCCUUUGUAAAGGGAAGCGAUAAGACCCUGUUACCACGAGGUUUCGAGGAACUUUAUAGCUUCGGUCGGCGGUUUCGUAGCAACCAUCCCACUUGGUUCAGGCGGCGGCCUAACGUCACGUUCUAUACCAGUUCGUCAUCGCGGGCUGUUCUCAGCGCCCGUUCAUUUUAUCAUGGU